AUGGUUAUCGAUGAUAUUUUUUCUUUCACAGUAGCUACUGAAAUUAUAAAAGGUCACGAAGAUAUUGAACCACGAUGUGUUGAUGAAUGCAAAGAGAGGCCUGAUUGGCCAAAGUGGAAAGACGCAAUCAAAGUUGAGUUAAAUUCCUUGGAAAAACGUGGUGUAUUCGGACCUGUGGUUCAAACACCGCAAGGUGUAAAACCUGUGGGAUAUAAAUGGGUGUUCACAAGAAAGCGUAAUGAGAAAAAUGAGAUUGCAAGGUAUAAGGCACGACUCGUUGCGCAAGGCUUUUCUCAAAGGCUUGGGAUUGAUUAUGAAGAAACAUAUUCUCUUGUUAUGGAUGCAAUUACGUUCCGUUAUUUAAUAAGUCUAGCAGUUUCAGAAAAAUUUGACAUGCGUCUUAUGGACGUUGUUACUGCAUACUUAUACGGGGAGUUAGAUGCCAAUAUUUAUAUGAAAGUCCCAGAAGGACUCAAGUUGGCAGAAUCAAACACUAAAUCACGAAACAUGUACUUCAUUAAGCUGAGACGUUCACUAUAUGGGUUGAAACAAUCCGGACGAAUGUGGUAUAACCGUCUUAGUGAAUAUUUGAUUAAGGAAGGCUACAUCAAUGAUCCAAUAUGCCCUUGUGUUUUUAUAAAGAAAUCAAAUUCUGGAUUUGCAAUUAAAACUGCUGAAUGUUUAAAGUGUGAAUUUGAGAUGAAAGACCUUGGAAAAACUAAAUAUUGUUUGGGCUUGUAG